AUGGUUAUCAAGAUGAAGCUCGAUGAUGAUGGUGCUGGAGAUGAUGCCAGUUUUGGAAUCAAGUUUGACAUUGAGGAGCUGGAAAUAAGUGCUUCAUAUCAAGUGCAUCAGUUGUAUCUUUUGGAAUUAAUAUCACAACAUAGGCCUAGGCAAAUUAAUGACGACAACUUGGAAAGAGAACUUAGGCGUACUCAAUUAAUGACACAAUUACUGGAGUCUGAAAAGUGCCGAGAUGUCAUACGUAUGGGCCCUGAAGCAUUUAGGCAGUUGUGUCAGAAAUUAAGAGGAACUGGUAGAGUAAAGGAUUCAACUCGUUCUACGGUUGAAGAGCAAGUCGCUAAAUUUCUACAUAUUAUAGGGCAUAAUGUGAAAACUAGAACCAUGUCUUUCUUCUUCCACCGGUCAGGAGAGACAAUUAGUCGUCACUUUCACAAUGUCCUACAUGCUAUUCUAUCGUUAGAGGGAGACUUCUUCAGGCAACCAUCUGGUGAGGAAGAUUGCAUUGGAGCCAUAGAUGGAACUCAUAGUCGUGUGAAGGUACCAAGGGUGGACGCCCCUUGUCUUCGCGGACGAAAAGAUCACCCAACACAAAAUGUUUUAGCAGCCUGUGGUUUUGAUAUGAAAUUCACUUAUGUGUUGUCUGAUUGGGAAGGAACUGCCUCUGACUCAAGAAUAUUGAAAGAUGCUUUAAAUAGGGAAUAUCUACUUCGAAUUCCCGAAGAAAAAUUUUAUCUAGGCGAUGCUGGAUUCAUGCUGAAGCCUGGGAUACUUACACCAUAUAGAGGUGUUCGGUAUCACCUGAAAGAGUAUUCACUACGUGAGCCACAAAAUCCUAAAGAACUAUUCAACCACCGGCAUUCUUCAUUAAGAAAUGUCAUCGAAAGAUGUUUUGGAGUUUUAAAGAAAAGAUUCCCAAUUAUAGCUGUCGACACUGAACCAUAUUAUUCAUUUGAAACUAUGAGAGAUAUUUUUUUGGCAUGUUGUAUACUGCAUAACUUUUUGAUGGGUAUUGAUGUUGAUCAAUCUAUAAUUGAUGAGGUUGACAGAGAAUUGCUACAAGAACGCAAUAUAGAUAGAUCACAACCAAUUCAACAAUGUGAUGAGGAAUAUAGGCAUGCAGCAUUAUUACGAGAUAACAUUGUGGUUGAAAUGUGGAAUGUGUAUCAAACAUUAUGA